UGGGAGGUGACGCACACUCCUCGUCACUCCUAUUGAUCUCCAAGACGAAAAAUAGGCCAUCAGUCGGUUUUUCUUCGGCCUUGAUCCUACUAUAAGACUGGCGCAUUCGUCCUGAAGUUGUACGAAAAUAAAUGACGGAGAAAUGGAACUCCGCACGCUUUCUCACGCAUCGAAUAGGAAGUGACUGAAAAAGAAGGGAGAAAAAAAUAUUGAGUUGGUUCUAGUUUUGAAGGAAAGAAAAAUCCACCUCAGUAAGAAGACGCCGUUCACGAUGAGACUGAUGCCGUGUCCUGGGUUCCUCCUACUCGUGUGUACCUGGCAAACCGUACACGUGUGAACCUAAAUACUACGUACACAGUUUCGUAAUGUUUCGUAAGCGUUCCACCAAGCAACAUUCACUCUGACCCUGACUCACGUACGAACAUCGAACGUAAGAUACUGAAAUCGUCCUUUGCAAUAUGAAAAUGGGCGUGUUGAUUGAAGAACUUAAUUAAAGGGUUCGACCACCUAUCUAAUUAUCAUUGGUAGAUUGUUUCAUUACUCGCAUCGUCAAAAUCUGUCGAUAUGUUCUGCGACGUGGGAAGUCGGCGCCGCCCGCCACGAGACUAAAUAAAGCUGUUGUUGAAUAUGAUGAGCUGAAAUCAACUGUAUGUCCCCAAGGAAGCGAGAUAGAGGGAAAAUUUGGUGAAAGCGUCCACAGAGGGUAAAGAAAACCAAAAAGCGGGACUCUAAAAAUACUGACCAACAAAGACAACGAGUAGGAGUGAAAGAAAAGUAAGCAAAGCCAUACUGAAGCGCGCGAGUCUCGUCAAAACACACAAAAAGCGCGCGAAAACAAUUAGACAAAAAAACAAACAAAAAAAACACGGAAAGUUAAAAAAGUAUCAAAACAAUAGAUGCUCAUAGGGCGUGAGAAAAAGCAGGAGACAGCGUGAGAGAACGAAAAAAAGUAAAAAACAUAAAUAAAUAAAAACGCGCGAGCAACGAAAACAAACCAGUCCGAACCCGCGUCGCCUCGCAAGCUUCGGCGCCAAAUAGUUGAGGAUGGACGAGAAGGUCGCCUCGUACACGGGGGGCCUCCACGUGUUCAAGAGUUACCUGAAGGACAAAUGGGGCAACCUGAGGGAGCAGGGCGCCACCGAGACGCUGAAGGACCUGAAGGAGAAGACCGGCAGCAAGGUGGACGGCAUCAAGGACAAGGCCAUCAAGAACCUGAACAAGGGGGAGUGUGACGACUACUCCCACAUCUACAAACGCAAAUCACGCAUGGACAUGGUACGCAUCUCGGCCGCUGUCAUGGGGAUUGAGUUCUGUUACGCCGCCGAGACCGCCUUCGUCUCCCCCACGCUGCUGCAGAUCGGAGUGAGUCACCGCAACAUGACGCUGAUUUGGUGCCUCAGUCCCUUCAUCGGUUUCUUCGUCACGCCCAUACUCGGCUCCCUCUCAGACAACUGCAGGUCACAACUCGGCAGACGGAGGCCCUUCAUCAUUCUACUGUCCAUUGGGAUCCUGCUGGGUCUCGUUCUGGUCCCCAACGGGAAGGCGAUCGGCGUGGGUCUGGGUGACGUGUACGCCCCCACCCCCCCUACCCCCCUCCAGGUGAGAGGUAACUUGGCGAGGGAUGACAUACCUGGUGUGAACGUGUCGUCAAUGGAUUCCUCUUUCUCUUCCUCCACUUCUCGUCCCUCCUCCUCUUCCUCCUCCUCCUCUUGGUCAUCUUCCACCACCAUCGCCACCUUGCCCUACGGAGACGGAGAAGGAGACGAGAGCAACGAAACGAGAAUCAGCCAUAGGACGAAAGGAGGAGGCGGAAGAGGACGCGAAGGAGGAGGAGGAGGAGGAGGAGGAGGGAAAACGGAUGGGAAGGACGGAGGGAAGGAGGAGGAGGGGGGCGAGGUGAAGGAGAGUCAUCCGUGGGGCAUCUUCUUCACCAUCGUCGGCACAAUGCUACUUGACUUCGAUGCCGACGCCUGCCAGAGUCCCUCGCGCGCCUACCUGCUGGACGUGACGGUGCCAGAGGACCACGCCGUGGGGCUGUCUACCUUCACCGUGAUGGCCGGGCUGGGCGGGGGGCUGGGCUACGCCAUGGGCGGCAUCAACUGGGACGCGACCAUCAUAGGCACGUUGCUCGGGGGUCAUGUUCGCGCCGUCUUCACCCUCGUCACCUUCAUCUUCAUCGCCUGCGUCUUCUCCACCCUCUACUCCUUCAGGGAAAUCCCUCUCGACAUCCUGCAGAAGACCUCCCGCACCGAGCUGGCCAAGGGGGCGGACCAGGAGGAGGGGGGUGCGGGGUAUGGCACCAUGGACAAGCCCCCACCUCGACCCAGCACCCUCCCCAUCGUGCAGAAUGGCCACGGGCUGGAGCAAGGCAUGGAGGCAGGCACCUACCAGAACUAUGCAAGUGAUGAGGAGACCUCCUUCAAUGCCCAGGAUCCAAUGAUGGUGGAGAAGACUGAUGUGGAGGGCGGAGGAGCAGAAGCAGCAGGAGGAGCGGCAGCACCAGAAGGAGGAGCGGCAGCACCAGAUGGAGGAGCAGCAGCAGCAACAGCAGCAGGAGAAGAGGAGGCAGAGGUACCCGGAGCCACACUGAGGCAAUAUCUGCUGUCCAUCGUUUAUAUGCCUCGGUGUCUGCGGCUGCUGUGCCUGACCAACCUGUUCUGCUGGAUGAGCCUCGUCUGUUACUCCCUCUACUUCACAGACUUUGUUGGGGAGGCUGUGUUUGGUGGGAACCCUAGUGCCCCUGAAGGCAGCAAGGAGAAACAGCUGUACACGGAUGGGGUGAGGUUUGGCUGCUGGGGGAUGGCCCUCUACUCCCUCUCCUGCUCCUUCUACUCCUUCAUGAUCGAGAAGCUAGUCAAGCGCUUUGGAGCUCGCCCGGUGUACGUGUAUGGGCAACUGGUGUACAGUGUGGGCAUGCUGUUCAUGGCUGUGUUCAGACACCCGGCGGCUGUCAUCAUCUUCUCAUGCUGCGCCGGGGUGAUGUACUCAACGCUCUUCACCAUGCCAUACCUCCUGGUGGCACAUUACCACGCCUCAGGGAUGAUCAAGUGUGAGGAUGUGUGGAUUGUGUCGAAGAUCCGUCAGCUGCUGGCCCACUGUCUUGGCUCGACUGACCCCAAGUUCCUGGCUGCUGAGGGUGAUUGGGCUGGGCCGGAGCAGCAGGUGCGCGGGCUGGGGACUGACGUGGCUAUAGUCUCCUCCAUGGUAUUCCUUGCCCAGUUCAUUCUCUCCUCCUGCAUGGGCUCCAUCGUCGCAGCAGUAGGCUCGACCACCGCUGUUGUGUGUGCUGCGAGUAUCCUGGCCACCUGCGGGUCCAUCACAGCCACUCGCGUCUCUUAUUUGGACCUCUGAGUUGUGGUUCUGAGGAGGAAGUGUGAAUGAUGGCAUGGUUAGGUUAGGUUAGGUUAGUGGUGUGUGUGUGUGUGUGUGUGUGUGUGUGUGUGUGUGUGUGUGUGUGUGUAAAAACAAAUUAGUCUUGCAUGUGUAAAAGUACUUAAAGUCUGCAUGUGCAUAAAGAAAGGUUUAAGUAGCGUGUGUGUGUGUGUGUUUGUGGUGUGUGUGUGUGUGUGUGUGUUGCAUCUUUAAAAAAUCAUUGUCUGUGUCUUGUCUGUCCAUAUGUAUACACACAAAAUGGUUGAUCUUCCUUCCUCUAUGUAUAAAAAAAAGUUGUGUAUAAAAAACUGGUACAUGAAAGAGAUCAUUGUUAGUGUAUGCACUUACAGGGUUGCUGUAUGUGUUUAAAAAAGGGUUCUCAACUUCUCAUAAAUUUAAGAGGAUUGUUGUCUGUCAGUCUGUCUGUGUGUGUGUAUAAAGGAGUAAUGUACCUGUUGCAUGCAGAACCAUAGAAUAGAGACUGUGGCCACUUUCAUCACAGGCAUCAAAUAAACAAGAGAGCCGCUCAGAAUUCAAAUUGAUGCCGAUACAAUAGUGUUUUUUGUGUUCUAGGUACUUUGAGACCCUGACACACACAAAAAAAACAAAAAAAAAACAUGAUUGAUUUGAAUUUCGCACAGCUCUUUUGGUAGCAUGUUGCUGUGAUGAAGUUGGCCUCACUCUUCUAUUCUAUGGCUCUGGUUACAUCUGUUAUUUCAUGCUGGGGUGUUGUAAGGGUGCGGUGUAGCAUGCAUGUGUAUCCCUGUUCUGUGUAGAGUUGUUUGUUCUUCUUUGUGACUAUUGUAGAGCUAGUUCCUCCUACUCCCUUACGUUCUCUUUCCUCUAUUCCCUGGACCACAAGCUGUAAUCUUAUGCAUGGACUUCAAUGUCAUUCUGCCUAUGGUGUGUGUGUGUGUGUGUGUAGAGAGUGUAGGAGUGAUUGAUUUUCAAGUUAAGAAUCUGGUCUUCUCUGUUGUGGGAUAGCUGUUGUUGUAGGGCACAGUGGUAUAGGAAGAAAGCCGGUCAUAGUUAAGGAUGAGAGAGAGUACUAAAAAGAGGUUGUUGAUGCUGGUGCCAAACGUGAACGCUGUGUGGAAAGUUUAUUUUAUAGUCAAAGGAAAGAGACUGCAACAAGACUGGUGUGGUAAGUGAAAAAGGAUACAGUGAGGGGUAUGUGUGUUGUAAAAGUUGUGAAUGUUGGAAGUGUUAAAGUCUAUACAGACAAUAAUUGAACAUGUCUUGUUCAAUGAAUGUGUGCAAAAAAACUAAUCUUCCAGUGUGUGUGUGUGUGUGUGUGUGUGUGUGUGUGUGUGUGUGUGUGUGUGUGUGUGUGUGUGUGUGUGUGUGUGUGU